UGGUUGUUGGAUGCCCCUCGAGCACAUAGAUCUUGCAAAUCUGGAUGUGUUUCUGAAGCCAAAAUCUCACUUCCUCUUGGGAAGGAAAACUGAGAGCAGAAAUGGCCCAGGCAAUUGUUUCUGUUGUGGUGCGAAAACUUGGAGACUUCCUAGUCCAAGAAGCCCAAUUCUUGUAUCGAGUCCGUGAUCAAGUCGAGUGGAUAGAAGGUGAAUUGCGGCAAAUUCAAUGCUUCUUGGAGGACGCUGACCGCAAAGAGAACCGGAGCGAUGAGGGAGUGAAGAACUGGGUGAGAGAUGUCAGAGAUGUUGCUUACCAGGCUGAGGACAUCAUCGAAACAUUUAUGCUCAAGAUUGAGAGACGGCGGCGGCGCAGAGGCUUCAUGGGCCCCGUCAAUAGAGCUCGAUAUGGCAUCGCCAAUAUAGGUGAAAGUGGGAGUAGCUAUGCAGAGGAGAGUGUGCAAGCACGGCGGCGGAUAUUACCACAUGAUGAUGAUUCACAUGUUGUAGGUUUCGAGGAUGAUAGGAAAGCAAUUGCAGAGCAAUUACUCGAUCCAAAAAAUACACGGCGUUGCGUGAUCUCGAUAGUUGGAAUGGGUGGCCAGGGCAAGACUACACUUGCUAAAAAGGUUUACAAUACGAGCGAAAUCAAGAGAAACUUUGCGAAAUAUGCGUGGAUAUCAGUUUCUCAGGAUUAUAAUGUGAAAGACAUUUUGAAGAACGUCAUGAGGAAAGUUAUAGGAAUUUUAGAGGAAACAAUGGAUAGGAUGCAUGAAGAUGACUUAAAAGAAAAGCUGCAUGAGUUCUUGAAAGACAAGAGAUAUUUGAUCGUAAUGGAUGAUAUAUGGAGUCCAGAAAUGUGGAAAAAAAUUGCGUCAGCUUUUCCAGAUGCGAAGAAUGGAAGCAGAAUCAUUUUCACUUCACGCUUCAUAGAUGUUGCCAAAUCUGCUGAUCCAGAUACCCCACCCUAUAAGUUAAGGUUUCUAGAUGGACAGGAGAGCUGGGACCUCUUUCUUAGGAAGGUUUUUCCAAAUCAAGAUGUUAAAACGAGCUUCCCUGACAACUUGGAGAAGUUGGGUCGAAAAUUAGUGAAAAGAUGUGGUGGUUUACCUCUUGCUCUUGUUGUGCUAGGAGGCAUGCUAUCGAAAAAAGAAAAAAAUCCUAUUGAAUGGUCAAAAGUGAAGAAGAGCUUGAAAUGGGAGGCAGAUAAAGAUGGCAAACAAUGCUUAGACAUACUGGCUUUGAGCUAUGAAGGUUUACCAUAUGACCUGAAAUCAUGCUUUCUCUAUCUUGGUUGUUUCCCCAAGGACUCAGAGAUCAGUGCUACAAAACUGAUUAGGUUAUGGACUGCAGAAGGCUUCAUUCCGGCAAGAGAGAGGGAAACUUCCGAUGAAACAGCGGCAGAUUACUUGGAAGAGUUAGUCCAGAGGUGCAUGGUUCAAGUUGUGAAAAGGAGGUCUGACGGGGGUGUUAAGACCUUCCGUGUUCAUGAUCUCCUGCGUGAAUUGUGCAUAUUGGAAGCAAAAGAGGCUCGAUUUCUGGACGUUUAUAGCACUGAAGAUCAGACAACCACAAGUGCUUCACGCCGUGUGGCUUUAUUCCACUACGGUGCCGAUGUACUGGAGUCUCUUAAUUCUUCUUCUAAAUUCCUGCGCACUCUCUUAGGCUUCAAUGUGUAUGAAAGCUAUGAUCCUGUAAUGCUGAGGCUACACAAUCUGAAGUUGCUGAGAGUGAUUGAUCUGGAAGGGGCUCCACUCCGGAAGCUGCCCAAGGAAAUCAAAAGCAUAAUCCAUUUGAGAUAUUUGGGCCUGAGAAACUCCGGGGUGUCAAAGAUUCCACCAUCCAUAGGAGAUCUUUGCUAUUUACAAACUUUUGAUGUAAGGUGGACUCGUGUCAAGUCUUUGCCCGAUGCAUUUUGGACGAUUCGUACACUCAGGCACGCAUACUUUACUUGGGCAAGUGCGAGCCCACAAAGGAUCAGUGCUGUAAAGAAUCUGCAGACCUUGAAGGGGGUACGUUGUGGACUAUGGAUUGAGGAGCAACUGCCGCAACUGACUAAUCUUCGGAACCUUGGGAUACUUGGAGUUUCAGAUUCAAAUGGAACGAUGCUGUCCAAGUCACUCAAGAACCUAAGUUCUCUAGUUUCAUUUAAACUCACCGGAAAUCCGAUCCCUACGGACAUCAUUCCGGCCUUAUCAGGACAUGAGCACCUUCAUGUUUUGUAUCUAAGUGGACGUUUGUCAAAGAGGCAACAAUUACCCAACAGCAAUGAAUUCCCUCAAAACCUCACCAAGCUCACAUUGCAGAUAUCGGCUCUAGAAGUGGACCCAAUGGAAACCCUGGAGAAGCUGCAAAACCUUAGAGUUCUUAGAUUGCUGCAUGGGGCAUAUGCAGGGAGAGAGAUGGUUUGCUCUGCAGGUGGCUUCUUGCAGCUGCAACAGUUGCAGCUCAAAUGUCUGAGGCCACUGGAAAAUUGGAGGGUGGAAGAGGGGGCGAUGCCUGUUCUCAUCCACUUGUCUAUUGCUCGAUGUGAGGAACUGAAGAUGCUUCCACAAGGACUAAGAUAUGUCACGACCCUUAAGAAGCUGGAGCUGGUGGGUAUGCCCGCAGCAUUUCGUGAUAGAGUUCGAGAAAAUGAUGGCCAGGAUUUGGCAGCAAUAAGUCAUGUUCCUUACAUCAUCAUAGUAUGAUAUCUGACUCGGUUUCUAAUGCUGGGAGAGUUUCUUUGCGUGACUGUACUUGGUGGUAAUUACCCUCUUGCUUCAGCAUCUUGAGUCUUAGUUUUCGAUUUCUUGAUUUGUCGUGAGCUAGUAUUCAUGUGAUUUUCUUGACGGUAGCACAUGCAUAUUGCUAAUGUUCAUGUGUACUUUAUUUAUGGUUUGCCGUUUGUGUUGAAUAAAAUUGUUCCCCUUCCGCUCAAACCUUCGUGAUUAAACAUUAAUGAACAACAAACUAUUAUAUG